GUUGCAGUCCAGCCUACUUCUGGCAAGUCUUCUAUAAAGAAUCGACCAGUCAAUCUAGGGCUCUAUAUUGAGGCUCUCUAGUCAUUAGAAAACCUGAUAUAUAGUCUAAGAGAGAGUAGCUAGCUAAGCAUGUCGGCUGUAAAGAGAGUAUGUUAUUGCAUUAUUCAGCUGAUGGUAAUUAGCACUUGUGUGGUAGAGUUUGCAAAACCGCAACAAUCCGCUGAUGAAGGAGCUGAAGGACAAGCUGGCGUGUCACCGUACAUGCUGGUCAGUAGGUACAACAGUGUGGAGCGAGUUACACCCUGGCCAUACGUGCCGACACCAGGGACGCCAGAAGAAUUAUUCACAGACGAGUUCGGCAUACCUGGCUUUGAAGGUCUAGCCUACCACUACAGGUUGGGACGAAUGUACUGGGCUAUCCCUGAUGUUUUUGACCCACAAAUCAAAUCGGCUAAUCUGGAUGGCACAGAUGUAGCCAUCAUAUUGACAGGCGUAGGCAGAUCGUCGCACCCAGCUGAUGUCACAGUUGACUGGAUUAACGACAAGUUGUACUGGGUUGAUCGGAAUGCGAAAAAAAUAGUGGAGUACGACCUCAAGACUGGCUUCAUACGGACUGUCUAUAACACGGGUGCUGGAUCCCUACCCACCGGUCUAGUGGUCUAUCCCUUCCCUAAUUACGGGUGGUUGUAUUGGACGGACAACGAGAAGGCCACCAUUGAGCGAGUCUCAGUCAGAGGGGAUGAUCACAUGAUCAUACGGGAUGGCCUCAUACAGGGCUGUAUUGGACCAAUCAGCCUCGAGUACCUCAGUCACACAGUAUACUGGAUAGACAACUGUGAUAAUUUCAUCCGAUCAAUUACCAUCUCCGAGAGUCAGGUGAUCUCAAACCGGCCAAUCGUACGCCCGGGAAUUACUGAAUUUUCCCAUGGUCUCACGUUAUAUAAGGACAUUGUUUAUUGGACUGAAACUAAUAAGGUGUAUGGAUAUAACGUGACAGCUGGUGGCGAUGUGGAGCUGGUUCAAUCUGGUAGCCAGCUCAACGGGUUUAGAGGUGUCAAGAUAGUCCAGCCACUCAGUCAGCCAGGAGUGGAGAUGUAUGUUGAGAUGAUCCUCAACAGUACUACGGUGGAGGCCCCAGUGUGUGCAGUGGAGUGUGUCAACGGACUGUGUGUCCCCCCCGGACUGUGUGCAUGUAACAGGGGAUGGACUGGAGUCAACUGCACCACAGAUAUCAACGAGUGUGAUAUACAGAACCACGGGUGUGAGGAAACCUGCAUCAACGUUGUGGGCAGCUUCCUCUGCUCGUGUCCAGGGAGGGCCGGCUAUGUAGUCGCUGAGGACGGAGAGGAUUGCGUGGACCUUGAUGAGUGUGAGGUACUAGAGGGAGCAUGUGUACAGAACUGUACCAACACCAUCGGAUCCUUUAACUGCUCCUGUUUCGAUGGAUACACUGUCACACUGGAUGGAACCAACUGCACAUUGACACAGAGCACCACAGUGUUGUUGCUGCCCUCCUCUACUACCACUGUCCUAUCAACCCAACCCAUCACUCCUCCCACCUCAACAGUCGCACCGGUGAUGUCUUCAACCUUUAAACCUUCAACCUCCUCUAUGAUCUUUGGACUAUCCACGGCAGUGACACACCCACUCGCUAGUAGCGAGGCUCCAGUAUCAACCACUGUCUCUCUUGGUCCAGUUCCAAUACUGUCAACUUCAGUGUUCAGUUCCAUGCUCACUCAGAGUACAGUACAAUCCGAUAACAUUCUGAUUCCAAUGUCAAGUAGUUUCAUUCCAAUGCUGAUCACUUCAACUCCAACACCAAGCAGUACUAACACACCCAUAAUAAGCACUGUAGAAUCAAGCACCGCACCUCUCGUUUCCACCUCAGUCAAAAGUUCUCGAGUGUCUUCGUCCCGAGUAACCGUGCUACUAUCAACAAUGUCAUCACUACCCACCCCCACUACAAGCACAAGUAUCACUCUUCACACACAGAGCUCCUCUAAGCCAGUGCAGAUCGUAUCCUCUCUGGUCCUCUCCUCCUUACCACGCCCAUCUGCCACGCCCAUUAGCAGCAGCAGCGUUGAGGAACUCUAUACGAGGGAAGCUAGUGUUUCAACCCCCCUGAGUGUGAGCAGCUCUCUCGGUGUACAGCUGUCUACAGUCCCAACACCAUCUCCAGGGCUACCAGUAUCUACCGAUGGCACACAGGUGUCAGAGAGUGAGUUCCCACUGGUGGUGGUCAUCAGUAGCGGAGUGGUCGGAGGGGCAGUUGUCUUUGUUGCCAUCGUGCUCAUCGUGGUGGUUGCGUUUGGAUGCUAUGUAAGGAAGACCACUGGAUCGUAUAACUUUCCCGUAGAGAAGUCCUCCAAGCAGCUGGAGGGAGGGACGGUGAGAGCAAGCAAGAUCGUGUUCCAGGCGCCGCCAUUGCUGGACUCCAACAUUUUCGGUGCUGAUAACAAAUCUCCAUUCUGUAAUGGUAAUGGAGCCAGCCCUAAUGGACAUUUGAAUAGAAAUGAAACCAUAUCAUAUACGAGUGAAAAUGGAUCAUCCAUUUCUUCAGGAACAAUUGUAAUAACAUCUUCCCAUCAAUAAAUAUUUAUAUAUUGUGCAAUCUCAAUUUUUCAAUGUCACUUCCAAUUAUGUC